AUGAAUGAACAAGAGAAAAGUUCACUUGAAGAGUUGAUUGAUCAAUGCAAUGGCAAUGGUAGUAAUAGUAAUAGUAAUACAUUUCAAUCAAUUAUAGAUGGACAGUUAUUAUACCUUUACUUAAAAUAUCAAGAGCAAGACGAAUAUUUCAUAUCAUUGGCAAGAAAGAGACCAUUAGAGAUACUAUCAUCAUUCAAUGGUAGAGAUUUAAAGGCAACACGUGAUACUGUAUUAAGAUUAUAUGGUGUAUUAUUCAAAGGUGUAAAUCAACAAUUAGAAUAUGAAUUGGGUACAAAUCAACAACAAGACAAAGAAAAAGAAGAAAGUUUAAACAAUCUACAAAGAUUAUAUAACGAUACGAUAGAUUCACUCGUAUCAUCGAUUAAAGUACCAGAGGAAAUCAACUUUAUAGAUGAAGAACAAAUUGAUCAAAUGUUAAUGAUGGUAUUAGAAUAUCAUUAUAAUGGUGAUGACAAUGAAAAGAAUAGUUAUUGGACAAAUGAUAGUAUAUCGAAAUUGGUUGACUCGAUUCUAACCAAAUUGAUUUCAUACCAGAAAUGUACCUCUUUUAAAGAUAUUUGUAUCCAAAGAAAGCAAUCGAUUUAUACAACCUUUUUACCAAUUGCAAAUAGAGAUGAUAAAACUUGGCAAAAACGUUUAAUCACAAUCCAUGCCUUUAAAUCAUUUAUCAUUUUAUUAAAGGAAAAUGAACUUGUAGAUAUUAUAACAUACGAAUUUAAAUUAUUGGUUCAAAGUGCACUUGCCAAUAUGAUUCAAAACACUCACUCAAUGAUUAAAAUAAUUGGAAUUCAAAUAUUAAAUUAUUUAUUAUCAAUAUCAUCCCCAACUAUUUAUAGAUCAAUCAUUAAUGAUGAUAUUUAUAAUGCACUAAAUUCAUCAAUUGAAUUAUUUGAUAUUGAUGAUCAAAAUACAGAUGAUGAAUUUAUUAGAUCAAGUAUUGGAUUAACAUUUGAUCUAUUAUUUAAAUUACUAUUUUCAAUUUAUCAUUUAAAUACAAAUGAAAUCACUCAUCCAUUAUUUAUGGAUCAAUCUCAAUUAUCAGUUCAACAACAACAACAACGAUCUAAACCUACUACUACUACUUUGGUUACACCAUUUUCAAGACAUCAAGAUAUGAUCCAAUUAAUUCAAAAGAUUUUAUCUUCAGAAAAAUCAAGUACAUUUAAAAAGACCAUUACACUACGAUACUCUGUUCAAUUAUUCCAAGCAUUAUCAAUUUAUUUAACAAUGUUUUUAAAGAAUAUUUUACCAAUUUUAAUACAUUUGAUUGAACAUUGGAAUGUUUAA